AUGCCCAUUUUUAGUUUUUGCAAAACGGACAGGCCAAAUUCAAAGCAAGGAGGUGGAACUGCUAUUAUCAUACGUAAAGGUAAUGAAAUCAUUGAAUAUACAAUUUUAAAAAUCAACACUAAUGACAAUAGUAACACAAACAUAUUCAUAAUCAGUUUAUAUGCCACUAACUCUAACAAAAUAAUAUUUUUAAAAGAGCUAGAUAUUAUUUUUAACAAACUAAAAUUAAAUCAGACCAAUAAUAGAUUUAUAAUAGCAGGAGAUUUUAAUGCUAGACGAAUGGAGUGGGGUGACCAUGCUGAUAAUGAACGUGGACGCUACCUCCGCAGAUGGGAAUACACAACAGCAAAUCAUUACAAUGCAAAAAUCUAUCCGACACAUAUACCUUCACGAACAGAUAGUAAUACAUACUUAGACAUAUGUAUCACAGACCUUCAAAUAACCGAUUUGAUCAAUAAUAAAUUAAGCACCUGUGAGUAUGAUAGCGACCACCUAGCUCUUACCUUCACUGUGAAGCUGCCAAAUAGGAUGGAAUACAUAGAUAGACAACAAACUUUACACAGAUUUAAUUUCAAAGCAACAAAAUGGGGUAAGUUCCAACACAAACUACAAUCUAACUACAAUACAAUCAUCCCUGAUGACAAAAACCUGACCAUCAAAGAAAUUGAUGAGUUCAUCGAAGAUAUAAAUAAGUCAAUUCUAACUACCAUCGAAGAAACGGUUCCAAAAUUCAAGCCUCACAACAACUUACAUAAAUAUAUCAACACCAGAAUCAAGAAGCUUCAAAAAAAUAAAUCAAGACUAAUAACCGAACUCCAUAAACUACAGACAAACAACCCGUCCAACCACAGGAAGGAAAUUAUCAGACUCAAAGAACUCAUCAAACUCACUAAAGCUGAACUGAGGAAGGAAUUUGGAACAUCUUCAGCAACGUACUACGCGAACUUACUCAAGGAAAUAAAUCACCGUGAUGCCUCAACAUUUUUUCCUAAAAUUAACCGCUACCUGAGAAGAAAAAAUCCUAUUAGUAUCGGAGACCAAAUUCUUAAUCAGAAUGACCCAAUACUAAUAGGCAUACCAGCUGAAAAAAUCAAUAGAACAGAAAACAACACAGUAAUUAUCUCUGACCCAACUAGUAAGCUGGAAGUCAUCGGAAUGUUUCUCCAAUCCAUCAACUCCCCUAGGUACCUCAAUAACGGAACCAGGAUAAAAGAAAUAGUUGAUAAAGAAGCUACUAAGAUUAAAAAUAAAUUAAAUGACAACCACAAUAACAAUACAACAUUCACUAAAUUCACAACUGAAAAUAGAUCAACCCUUUCUAAACACGAAGACGAGAAAGAAUAUUUCUUCUGCAAUAGCCAUUCUCUCAACUUAAUUCUACAAAGACUCCCUAACAAAACAUCUAGCGGAGGACUUCAACAGAGAACUGUCAACUCUCCCACCCUCUUUUCAAUUUAUCUCAGCACCCUACUCAGUUCGUUCGAUCUAAAUAAAGGUGAUCUAAAAGCCAUUGCCUUUGCAGAUGACUUGGUGGUGUACCUGCCUGGAAAGUCCCCACUGAAGAUCCAAGACGGCCUCCAAAAGCUUCUAAAUGUAAUAGACGAAUUCAUGCAAACCUGGAACCUAAGAAUAAACUACACAAAAUGUGAAACAAUAGUCUUUCGCCGAUCGACUCAUUUCCUAACCAAAGGCAGCAGAUCAGGACUUAACACCUUCACUCUGAAAGGUACCAAUCCAGGUACGGAUACAGUAGUAAACAUCCCUCACAAGUCAAUAGUAAAAUACCUUGGAGUAUAUCUCGACGACAAAUUGCGUCUGAAUAAACAUAUUAAUAUUCAGCUGAACAAAGCUUCAGCAGCUUUAAAAAGCCAACCGAAGCUUAUUCUACUGCAAACACUUGACUAG